UGAAACUCUCGCUCGCCUUCUGCAUUCGCCUCGAUGUCUCAAUCUUCUUCGACACUUCAAUUGGCAAAUAAUGGACGCUUUAAAUGGCAAAAUGGAGUUGGACAUCAGCUCGCAUCCCAUCUUGGAGUUUCUCCGCGUCGAGGCCACCCAAGUACACACUCGCUUCCUGGAAUCUUCUCGAAGACAGCAAAGCACUGGAUCACUCAAACGAUCUACAAACUGUAAAUCACGGGUUCUAACAGUCCCAAAAACACACUUAAGGGAGAAAGAUCGUACUGGCCAGGACCUGAAGAUCCCAAGUAGAACUUAUAAGGUCUCUGCCAUGAUGACCCUCCAACUGCUCCUACUGAUUCUCUUCUUUGAUGGACAACUUGGAAUUCCCUUGGACAGAGUCCAGGACGAGGACAUGAGAAUCCGUGGCUGGUUGUCUGCAGCAGGUAUCUUCAAAGACUUGAACUCUGAGCUGUUUGUCGAGGAGCCUGGAUCUCCAUGUCAUGGUCAGUCUAGGAGUUUCAAAUGGAUGCAGAUUCUCAAGAAACCUCUUCACCAUCUCUUCAGAAAGCACCCGGAGCUCAGUAGGGAGCCGUGUAAAAAGCAGUUCGUUCCACGUAAGCUGCCAUUGCAGCCAGCUAUGCUGGGGAAGAGAGAGAAGGAUGUCUCCACGUACAACUGGAAUUCCUUUGGGUUAAGAUAUGGCAAGAGGGAAGUGGAGGGUGGGAAGAAAUGAGGAGCCUAACAGCAGGAUUCAUCCGGCCAACACCUCUCCAUUGAUAGAUAUUGUUAUCACCUCCCUUUUUUAACAGAUUCCAGCACUGAUAGCCCUUUGUGGUCCUGCUUAUCACCCAAGUCUUUGCCCUCCUCUCCUCUGACUUGAAUCCAUCUGCAUCCAUCUAUUGUCCACCUGCCUCUGUCUCCCAAAUCCACCCCUCCCCUUCUCCCUUCCAGCUCAAUCUGCCCAUCACCCUUGAUCCUUCUGCUCUCCUCCCAUAAUGUCUGGCUCUCGUCUCCCAGCUCCUCUUUGUGUCGUCUCUCACCACUCUUAGUCCUGAUGUAAGGAUUAGUCCCGAAACGUAGAGAGUUCCUAUCCUCCCCUUCCCCCCCCCACAACGGAUGCUCGACCUGUUGAGUUCCUCCAACACCUUGUUUGUUGCAGUAGGAAUUAUUACUGUGGGGCAGUAAUCUUUCUGAUUUGAGGUAGUUUAAAUGAAUCUUACCUGCAUUGUUAGAAAGCAUGCUCAUUAUUUCCUCUGUGUCUUACCAAA